UCCAACAACAAUGAAGCGGUUUGAUACUGCUUGAUGGUUUCGUUUUAAGUGACGGAUUUUUCUUCGUCGUUUUCAUGCUGUGUCAUAAAUUUCGUUCGCUUCACUUCUCUCUCUUGUUUUUUCGCUCUCGCUUUAUAAUAUUGAUUCAACUGUCGGUAAAGCUGCACUAACACAAUUAUAAACUGUCGUCGGUUGAACUAUGUAAUGAAAGUUUUAUUUCGUAUGGGUUCAGUUUCAUUCUGUGAUCAGUACAUGCUAGAAGCGUUUAAUCGUUUGUAGAAUCAGACAUUUUGAUUUUAUAGAGAUGACUUCACUAAUCCAUAACUCAGCGUUUGACGAAAUUCUCAGCGCACCCUUGUCGUGGUCAAGCGGAUCGGUAAAGCAGAUCGUCGUCAGUCGGAGUAAGAGGCGCUUGCGACCUCGCUUCGGCACGAAACAGAACCAGACUCACAUCGAUCGUUGUGAGUUGCUCGGGCAACUGGAUGUCUGUUAUGAGGAACUGUCUGUGGCGAUAAUGGCAGAGCUAGGAGAACGAGAACGCAUAAAUCAGGAGCUUCGCGAAGAGGUCCAUGUCAUGUUGGACAAUGCACGGGGACUGAUACUCAGUUUCAAGGGCCCAGAAGCCAUGAGGGUACAGCUCAACAUGCAGUAUGAUAAAUUUGAAGCCAUCUGCAGCGAUCGCACCCGAAGGUUAAAAACCGCCACCCUGCAAAACCUUAUCAAAUUUGUGGGAAAUCUGAUCGUCAAGGCUGGCGGUACAGUGGAGGACAAAUCGAUGGCCAUAGUGGAACGUGCGAAACAGAGCGAUCCACAUCCACAAGUUCCAGAGAGUCCGACGCAGAAUGCUCCAAAGCAACAAGCCACGGAAAGUUCAAAGCAAGAUGCUGGAGCUAGUGCUGCCCAAACCGUUUCUAUCGCUGCAAUUCCAACGACGCAGGCAAUUGGCGUGGUCGAACAGCUUUCUGCAGAGAAAACCAAAGAAAAAUCCAUCGUUAAGGAGAUAUCUCCAGCGAAAGCACCGGCCGUCCAAUCCGCAGCCUCUCCACCGCCAAAAGAAGUGGUUCAACAGGGGCCAGUGAAGGAAACAAUCGCCAAUGUGGCCAAGGUGAGCGUACAACCGCCCAUCGAAUCUCCUACAAAAGAUACGAUCGUACAAACUGUUCCGAGUGUCUCGACAAGUAAUUCAACUCCACAGAAGGUCCCUGUAAAGGAGCUGAUCUCGGAGGAGGCGAAGAUGAGACAGAAACCACAGAUUCCAUGGAGAACUCCCACCAGGUUGGAACCAUUGAGUCAAAGAAAUGAACAAGUCGUAGAGAAGCCGAAAGAGAAAGAGAGGCAGCAAGGUAAGAAGCCGAUCGAGCAUUUCGUGAAACCCAUCGAAACUGCGAAAGAACCCGAAAGGUUGGCUUUGAAAUACAAAACCAAGAUAAAGAAGCGCCCAGCCGAAGAUCCACCCAAUAAUGACAUUCAGUUCAAAAAGCCGACACUCCCAAGCGAAGCGCUAUUCCAAAGGCGCCACCAACUGGCACCGCCAGUGCACCACGUUAGCAAUAGGGACCCAAGAACAUAUGGCGAAUAUUGCCGUAUGAAUCAGCAAAGGUUUGAAAAUCAGAACCAUCAAUAUUUCAAGCAUCGACCACAUGCUGCACCUCCCGCAUUCGAGAAACCAGCGGCAGCGGCGCAUCCUUUCGUUGCUCCAGCUCCAGUACUUCAUUCAAAUCCCCUUCUACCUCGUCCGUCGCAGAGGCCGGCAGCUGCCCCUCGUUCUUUUACAAAGCCAUCUUCAACAGUUCCGUCGAAACCGCAAGCACCUCCACGGGCAUCCGUGCAUCCUACGACACGUCCACCAGCUCCUUCGCCACCGGUUGCAUCAGCUAAUGCUCCCAAACCAACUGCGCCAAAAGUGGAUGCCAGAAAAACCAACCCCGUCUACUCGAAGGACGAACCAAUCCCUCUGGGCAAGAAGGAAGCUCCGAAAAAGCCGACGUUGGCAAAACCAGCCGCCGCAGUUCCUGAGAAAUCGCAAGAAGAACCUAAAAAGGACGAUAAACCAGCGAAGGUUGUCGAUAAACCAGCACAGCAGGACAAACAGGAGGACGCCCCGAAAGAAUCAGGCCUGCAGAAGAAUAUAAUGGAUUUGUUGAAGGAGAUUGGCGAUGAGGAGAAAGUCAAACAAAUCCUCGAUGUGAUGAACAAGAAGUCUGAUGACGAAGCGGAAGAUAAAAGGAACAGUAAGAAGGGAGAUGAGAAACAAAAAGCUACAGAUAAGGAAGCAGAAGAGAUUAAGGAAGGCUCCGCUAAGAAGGAUGAACCAAUCGCCAAGGGAAGGAAAGGUAAAAAGUACAAACGAAUUGUGUCCAAGCCUGAGGUUGAUUCUUCGUCGGAGGAAGACACCAAUAAGAAAGAAGAUGGAAACAAGAAGGAGAAGUCAAAGAGACGGGCUACAACAGGUGGCAGUCGGGAGGUGAGCGCUCUUAUCGAAAACGUUUCUGACUGGAUAUCGAAGGGUGCUGAAACGACGCACUACACCCGUCGAAGGGGAGCCAUCAUUCAGCCAACUUCGCUCAUUACGGAUAGUCCACCGGCGAAGCAAACGAAGGGCAGGAAAUCGAACGAGGAAUCCCGAUCGGGCAUGUCGGAAGAAGAUGAGACCGUGGAGGAUGAAAUCAAAAAACCAACGGAAGACGGUGAUUCGUUGCUGACUGUUACGAAAUCACCUCCGGCACCCAAAGGCAGACAGAAGAACAAGGAAGGUAGCUUCGUUUACAACGACAAGCCUUCGGUCCAUUACAAUAGCAGCUAUUCUAGCAAUUGCGCCCUUUGUUCUUUCAAUGGUUCCGCCAUCGUGGAUCACUACGUGUACGAACACAAACAGUACGAAGUGUUCGUGAGCCGCGUUUCGCCGAAAAUGGCAGACAUUAUCCGGGCAGAUUUGUUCCUCACAAACGGAUCGGUCAUCAACGAAGGCACUGAAGACGAGAAAAUUCGAUUCAAAUGUUACUUCUGUUUGACAUGGCAGGAACUAAGUCGCGCUGGAUGGAUUGACCACAUGGCCGCUCAUACUGGUGAAUACCGUUACCGUUGCACAAGCUGUCCAGUAAUGUCCAAAACCGAGGAACUAGAAAGCUGCUUCUACCACGAGAAAACAUGUCUAAAGCCGAACUUGGCAUUGUACAACAACAUUGAGUUCCAGGACAAUCAUAUCUAUGGCUUCAUCUGCAACGCCUGUAACUACAUCCAAGUUCGUCGCGUUAACAUGGAACGCCAUUUGAAGCGAGAGCAUCCGUCCUCGGAUGUCACCUGCAGUCGGUUCAGCAUCGUUAAUCACAAAAUCGACGCAAAACCGAUAAUUGACGAGGACCAAAUCAUGGCAGACCUGGCUCAGGCUCCACCCACUGUUUUGAUUCCGCUCCAUCCCAAAACGGAGCAGCUAGAGCCUUGUGAAAUCGUGAACCAACCCUUCACCGAGGAUGACGAAAUGGGCGAAGCGGAGUGCCUUCCUCCUCCUUUGGCUCCACUACGACGGCGCACCGAUAUCCGUUUGGAAUCGGUUCAUUUGGGUCCAUCCGGAAUCCCUAGCGACUUCGGACACAGGCCGUUUUCGUUUAAAAUGGAACAGGAACUUCAAGGCAGUCAGAUCUCGUCGAGCUACGAGUCGCCCAUGUCUCCGGAACCUAUCUUUGUGGCAACAUCGGAAGCGGAAGCGGUGGUCCCGAUCAUCCAAAUUCAAUCCGUGCAGGGUGGAUUCGACCUGAAUAAGGUGCUGUUCAAGCACGAUAAAGAUACUGAGUAUGAUUCGGAUGCCAGCGACAAGACGAUGGAUUUCAACAUGUCUGAUGGUGCCGAAGGCCAGAAUGGGGAGAACUCCAGUGCAGGGGGCCAGAAAAGUGGCGGCACAGGAAGUCAACAAGCCAGUGGAAGUUCUGGGACGACGUCCUCUGGCGGAAGUGGAGGUGGACUUGGUCCAUCUGGAAGUGGUUCUAGCACAGGUGGCUCAGCUGGUGCUGGAGGCGACGAUGGUGAUGACCGUAGAAAUCAAGAAUUCCCGCUGCCCUUCAGUAUCAAGGUGGAGAAAGACGAAGAGGAAGAAAAGACCAAUGAAGAAUCGACGAAUUUGGAAAAUGUCGUCAUUAAAACUGAAAAACCGGAUGAUCCUCCAGCGGAUCCACCUUGCGCAGAAGGAGAUUUCGAUUUCGUCGAGCUCGUUCUGGAUAGCACACGUAUCGAGCACGUGGCUUACAUUGAACAUCAGUCUGAAAUGCUAUUCCUGUGUCUGAUGCCCGGAUGUCAGUAUAUAUCCAAGAUAUCACAGGAUUUCGUUACCCACGUCAGUCGGAAACAUGGUACAACCAUAUGGGACGGUUAUUGCCAUCCAUGCCAGGCUCAGAUCGUCAUCGUGGACAAUUGCACGAUCAACAAUGAGCUUCAGCAUCUUUUGGAUGUCCACGCCAGAAGGAAAACACCGACAGUGGAUGUUCCUGCUAGUACUUCCAAUGUGCUUCGUAUCCGGCGUAUUCCGGGAGACACGCUUUCGAAGGACUCGAACCCACCUCCUCUGGCACCGAUCAUGCCUACUGGUACCAUCAUUGCUGGAGCAUCCGGCAUGCCAUUGGGAACUAACCCAAUCAUCAUAACGUCAGCAACUACGAUUUCGCCGGUUAGCAUUGCUGGCAAUACUAUCAUUACACCAACGCACACAAUUCCGGCACAGAUUAGACCCGUCAUUCAACAGGUAACGAUGCCAUCUACCAUAACUCCAACGCCUCAGCCUCCAGCAUUGGCUCCAGUUACGAUUACCACCCCUGCAAAUGUGAGUGGCAACUCAAACAUUCCUGCCAUGUCCAAUCUAAAGCUCAACACCGUGCGAUUGAAACCGUGGACAAACAUGGUAACGACCAAAAACCAAGAGCACUGCCGCAGCAUGCUCGAAGAAAAAUCGUUGAUGUGCCUGUACAAAUGUAUGUCGAGGUCGUGCGCGUUUACGACCAACAAUCGCUUUUUCAUGGAGCAACAUUUGCAGUUGCACGAAAACAUCCACAGCAACAACACCAACAGCCGGAAAUGUUGGCUGGAGUGCGCCUAUUGUGACAUAAUCGCAACGAACGUCAAUGUCCUGCUGGCGCAUAUUGACGCCGAACAUGCCACCUGCGGCUUCCAGUGUAAUCUGUGCUUCUACCGAAGUCGCGAUCCUACCAACGUAGUUGUUCAUCAGAAAACCUACCAUCCGAUGGGAACUGUGCCGAAGAGGAUUCUCAUCAUGCCGGACCAUUUGAAGAGCUUCGGUGACGACGAGUGGAAAUCGAUGCAGGAAUCGCUUCGGAAGAAUGUCUUGCCGCUACAUUGCACCAUAUGCAAAGAAUCGUUCUUCAUCUUGUCGGCGUAUAUGACCCAUUUGAUGGGUCACGAACAUGCGAUGGUCCCCUGCCAGGUGUGCAACAUGACCGUGGAGAAGAAAAGCAUGGCGCGGCACCUGUUGUUGCACUCGAUCGGAUUGUACGAGUGCGUCUACUGUUUGUUCGGUGCCAACACCAAAUCCACUAUGGCUCUUCACGUUAGCAACGCGCACAGUUCCAAACCACUGUAUUGCUGCGUUCGCUAUAAUAAGAAGAGGCCAGAUGGGGUGGAUUACCCUCCGAGCAAAAUUGAGUCAAUGGAGCUGAAAACCAUGAGCUGUACGGUGUCCCCCGAUUUAUUCAAGAGAUGCAACUAUACUUCUGAACAAUUGAACUACAAACCAAUUUGCCUUGAGGUCAACCACACCAUGACAUACACGAGGAACGAACCACCGGUAGUAACCAAAAUCCUUUCGAAUGCAAUUGCCACGCCAGCUGCUGCCCAGCCGGGUUCAUCUACAGCAGCAGGCCCAGCUUCGAACAUACAAAUUCAAAUUACAGACGAGGCAGGGCGUCCACUGAUAAUAUCAAUUCCGGUCCAGAAUGCUAAACCGACACCAGCACCGGCAACGGUACCGACGCCAGUAUCAGGAACAUUAACUGCUGUAACCUUGCCACCACAGCAAGUUGUUGCUCAACAAACUAUACACACCGGUCCGAAUCCUUCUUCUGCACCCCUGCCGAUACAAAUGCCGAUGAUCAGUUCGGUACAGGGUGGAGUUCAAAAUUUCGUCGCCCAGAAAGCAGCACCUCUUCCGGUAAUCAGUAGUGUCCAAGGCAUGGCCACCAUGCCACCUUUAGCAGCCAUUCAACGUAACGAUGGUUUGCCAGUGAUAAGCUGCGUUCAGAGUGUAGCCCAACUCCCACCGGAAGGCCCGCCUGCUACCACCCUAGUACCAAAACCGCCAUCUUUAAUGACUAUAACUUCCACUAGCGGUGGGACCAUCACCUUACCCAACAUACCUGGUAUUACCAUAACGGCGAAAACAGUGACCCCAACCGUAUUGAACACUACUCCAAUAAUCACAAACGUGCAGUCUAUCUCUGCAACUCCAGCUAAACCUCCCCCACGACCCCAGGUUUCCACACAAGUAACGCAAUCACCAAUCAAUCAACUGCAAGAUAUGGUAACCAGCUCUACCGUGACGUCGACUACUCAAUCGGUUGAACAACCCAAAACUGACAUGUAUGCUACUACGGUGGCCGAAGCGGACACACAGUCGAGUAACGGAAGUAACGGAAUCGUUGCCGAAUCGGAUGAAGAUUCUCGAUCCCAAUCGGAGCGCAGUAUUUCCAGCACACCCGUGCCGUCACCAUCCGCUCAGUCGAGUGUUCCUUCUAGCAAGGACAUGUCGUUGAUGGCAAAGAAGUUUGCCAGCACGACGCAGAUCAGGAUCGAUUUCUUAUUCAAGGGGAGCAUCGACAGGUUCGAUCGUCUGGAAAAGAAGGUCAGUCAAAUGAUUGAGCCCACUGGGUUCUACGGAACUGCGUUGAAUAUCUGCGGGGUGGAGGAUUGCCAGAGCAAAUUUAGUGAUCCGGUUAAACUAAAUCUUCAUCUGCUGAAGUUCCACAACCUGACAAAUUACAAUUGCUACCAUUGCACAAGUCGGUUCAAGACGGCUCACGAACUGAUCACACACGUUAAAACCCAUGGAAGACACCGUUACUUGUGUUUCCUGUGCGAUAAAAAGAGUCAUUUCUUGAAGAUGAUGAUCUUACAUGUGCAGCAUGAUCACAACAGUACAGACGUGAUCUUGACCUAUCUGCAUCCGAAGAAGCGAGACAUCCACAACGAUCUGGUGGUCAUUUGUCCGCAGAGUGUGACUAGCGGACAACUACAGGAUUACGUGAACAACGUGCUGAAAGAGGAUGGUGUGAGCGAGAAGAAGCGGUUUGCUCCCGACGAGAUCGAUCAACUUCCGGUGGAGGAAAUCUUUGCCGAGGAUAUGUUCUGCUCUAGUUGUGACUACGCGACGAAGCUCAGGAAAAAUUUGAAACGUCAUCUGGAGAAGGCUCACGACGCACCGUCUCGUGCGACUGUGCAGAUACCUCCAGAAUCUAUAUCGAUUGAGGUUUCCGAAGUGCCGGAAGAACCAAGCUUCAUAGUUGCAAGCAGGGAAGCGUCUUUCGCUCCAAGCAUUCCUCAGCCUGUAGAUCCAGUCAAAUUGUACCAGUGUGGAAUUUGUAAGUUUGACUGUCCCCCGGUGUUCUCUGAUUUGCGAACCCAUCUGUACCGGGCGCAUCGCCAUGAUAAAUACUACAAAUGUGCUCACUGCAGUGCAGUUCUCAGCGAUGGGUUCAUGUGCGUGGACAAGAUAGCCAACCACUUGAAGCUGCAUGAUGAUAAUCUCUACAAAUGCAACAAAUCGGGCUGCGAAUAUUAUCGCGCAGAGAAGCAUCUGGUUUUGUCCCACAUCAAGCAAAGCCAUGGCAACUCGGGAUCGGUUCUGAUUCUUCGGGAAACACGCGCCACCAUUCUCAGUCCGGAGUGGCAAUGUGAUCUUUGCGAAACUAUUCGCCCGAACAGGACAGAUAUGGUUACGCACAUGGUAAAUGAUCACAAGUUGACGGACAAGCAGUUCAAAUGUUCGUACUGUUCCUAUAAAUCAUCGGAUAAUGAUUCCUUCAAACCGCACUUUGCGAGCAAUCACCCCAAUAGUGAGUUACUUAUAAUAUCCCUUUUCCAUGAAUUGCCACCUAAAGUAAUUACAGUCAGCUCGGUCACUCCGGAUCGGGAGAAACCAUCAAACGGAGAAAAGAGAUAUAGUUGUGGAAUCGAGUCUUGUUCGUACGUUUCGUACCAUGAAGAUGGCGCCAAGAGACAUUUCCUUCAACACCAUCCCGACCAAACACUGGUCGUUUAUGACGAUUCUGGCAUCGAGAAGGAAAAACGAAAGCGGUUCGACUAUUUCGUAAAGUACGUUUGCAACUACUGCCAGGAACAGUGUGAUUUGAUCGACGACAUCGUUCAGCAUUGGAGCAAGCUGCACAAGGCCGGUGGAAAACCCCUGAUGUACAAGCUGUUCAAGCUUGUUCGUUGUUUCUAUUGUGAUAAGCUUUCAACGUAUUACGACAUCAAAAUGCACUCCGAAUCCAGUCAUCCUGGACAGAUCUUUGCCUGUAUCGAUCAUCAGAACGCUUUCAAAUGUGGCGAGUGUCCCUACGUGGCCACUUCAGAUAAAACGGAUUUGCUCAAACAUUUCAAAACCUAUCACUGCGCCAGCAAAAGCGAAGAUCCUUGCGACUACAUGGACGACGAAUUCCUGCACAGAAUGCUCGAGCAAAAUAACCAUCUCUAUACAUGUAACCAUUGUAAAAUUACGUACGAAAGUCGCUACGAAUAUGAAAAUCACAUUGACAUCUGCGCCUUUGCCGGGGAACCCAGCAGCUUCAAUUCGGUUUCCAAAUCGGUGCGGAUUCGCUAUAUUUGUAGCUGCUGUCCCGACAUCUCAGCUAACGAAUACAACAUUGCUAAACAUAUGAGAACUCAUAUCGCCCAGUACAACUGUCGCUACUGUAAGCGGGAGUUCAAGCACCUCCAUCAGCUCAACGACCAUCAGAUUCUGCUGCACAAUGCUCGGGAUAGUGAUUUCCUGCUCAAAGACCUCAGUCAGUUUAGAAGCCAAUUCCUCAAAAUUAAAAUGCUGUUUCCGAACGGUCUUGUCCUGAGCAAAGUCGAUGCCCACCGGACCGUGUGCGGAUCCGUCGAGGACAUUAUCAACUAUGCUCGCACCGUCAACGAUGAAGAAAUGUCCGAGCUCAUGUACAGCCGUGCCAUCGAAAUGCCCUUGGUGUACGAGGACGAAUCCGGGGAAACCGUAAAAACUAUCUGCAAAGACUUCAUCGAAUCGCGUCCCACCAUGGUGCUGGAAAUGGAACAACUCUCCGAACUACAGCUGGAGGAAAUUCGCGAACAGGUUUAUCUUCUAGCUAAGGCAGCCGGAGGCAGCACUAGUAAUACUAGCAUCAGCCAGAGCACUUCCGGGACAGGUCGGAAACGGGGCAGACCGCGGAAGAAGAUUACCGCCUCGCCGACCAAUUCGGAUGACGACGACGAUGAUGAUGAUUGGAAGCCUGAUCGGAAGAGGCCUUCUUCGAAAAUGGGUGUAACCAGGCCGCCCGUCAAAAAGGAGAAACUUGAGCCAGAGCCGGAAUUUUCCGAAUCAGACGAUGAGCUGUUGAUCACCUUCAAGAAAGAGUCUGUCUAGAUUUAUGUGAUACGUUAAUUUAUUGUAAAAUCAGUAUGAUUAUUUUUCAACUUCAAAACAUCACCAUGGAUAACGCAUUUCAAUGAGAAAAUAGAAUAGCCUAAGUAUUACAAGA